GAUGCGUCCUAUCAUCUGAUGACCCGACGACCAUUUCACACCGACCUCACCCCGGCAGGAGGAGCAGCAGCAAGAGGAGCAGCAGCGACGGCUCCAUCGCACUCCACCGACAUCUUGCCUGUUUUUUUUUAGCAAACUCCCAUCCUCUCAACUUGCCCACAUCCUCUUCCCGUCCAAAUCCACAAACAACGAGGUUUAUCCCCAUUCACUAAAAACUGGACUUCGUGCACGGAUUCCUCCGGGUCUGAGCGCUUUUGUGUUGGAUGCGCUUGUCCGUGCAGCGUGCAGCCAUGGCAGAGCAUCUAUCCCAGAGUGAGCUGGACUACCCAUUCAAACUUCUGGAGUAUUUCAACGGCUUUAGGGUGUCAAAGGUGAUAUUUUCAGCCUGUGAACUGGGAGUGUUUGACCUCCUGCUGAAGUCCCAGGAUCCCCUGAGCGCCCGGCAUGUGGCCGAGGAGCUGGGCACCAGCGUGGACGGGAUGGAGAGGCUGCUGGACGCUCUGGUCGGCAUCGAGAUCCUGGAGGUGGAGAAGACAGACGGAACAGCUUUGUACAGCAGCAGCGACGUGGCAAACCUUUACUUGGCUAAAGGCAGCACCAAGUCUCUUCACGACAUGAUCAUCUACCAAUCGCAGACCAUCUACCCGCUGUGGAACAACAUGGCCGACGCCGUCAGGGAGGGGAAGAACCAGAAUGAAAAGACCUUUGGGCUUCCACCGGAGGAGGUUUUCCAAGCUAUUUACAGGUCGGAGGAGGAGAUGCUGAAAUUCAUGGGUCUGAUGAACUCCUCGUGGGUUCUUGACGGUCACGACAUCGUGACGGCGUUCAACCUCUCCGGCUUCCAGACCAUCGUUGAUCUCGGGGGCUGCACCGGUGCUCUGGCCCGUGAGAUGGCGAAGGCGUAUCCCUCGUCCUCCGUCACCGUGUUCGACCUCCCGCAGGUCGUGGAAACGGCUCAGAAACAUUUCUCUCAGGAGAACGACGCCGUUGUGUUUCAAACCGGGGAUUUCUUCACUGGUGAAAUUCCUGCUGCUGACCUCUACGUUCUGGCCAGAAUCAUCCAUGACUGGCAUGAAGAGAAGUGCCUGACGCUGCUGAAGAAGAUCCACGACGCCUGUAAACCAGGCGGUGGCGUCCUGCUGGUGGAAGCGUUGCUGUUUGAGAACAGACGAGGUCCCGUCAUGGCUCAGAUCUUCUCCCUCAACAUGCUGGUGCAGAUGGAGGGACGCGAGCGCCCGCCGUCCGAGUACACCCGCAUGCUCAACAAGGCCGGCUUCCACAACGUGCAGGUGUGCCGGACCGGAAAGUCCUACGACGCCAUCUUGGCCGUCAGAUGAGCUCGGACGGACCCAGACUCUCAACAGUCUAGAUGAGAGUUAAGAGAACUGAACCUGUGGAAACUGGAAAACUGUUUUGCACAAAGAUCUCCGGUUUGUGUUGUGGUCAACCUGAGUGACGUCUUCAGAUCAACAUGUUUUUCAAAUAUCACACUGAUGCAAACAUUCUGUGGAUUAAGUUGCUGCUGGGUAAUAGUCACAUAUUUCUGCACAGUUGUAAAGAAUUGGAUCAAAUAAGAAGAAUUAAUUCAGAUUAAAGGGAUUUUUCUGCUUUUUGAGAUGUUAAAUGAAAAGAUUGAUGGAACUCUCUAGAGUCAAUUAGCUUAGCUUAGCAAUAAGACAUCCAGUCUAACAUUGUGUGUUGUGUUGUUGUACACUGCGACCUUUUUCCUUUCUUUAUGCUAAGCUAAGCUAAUGAGCAGCUGGUUUUAAAUUCAUUUUAUUCCUCAUUUGCAACUAAAAUACUACCACUUACUUGAUAUACUUUGUAGUGAUACAUAUGUGGCUAUUGAAGCUAAUAACUGAUGUUUAUUGGGGAAAAAAAUCACAGUUCAGUAACUAAGUUUAGUCUGACUAUACGUAGUGUUACUUACAUGUUGUUUGAAGUCAUUAAUCACUUCUCUACAGUAAAAUAUUGCAGCGAUAUUUGUUAACCAUUAUGUAGUCAACAUUUUGACAUGAAUUUAACUGAAAUAUUGCACUGGUGACAUUAAUAGUGAAGAAGAACAUGUUAUAUUCAUAAUCUUGUGUUAGAUUUUUCUUAAUCCAGUUAUUUUAAAUUACAACACAUCUCUAUGAUUACUAGACAACUGUAAUUUCUAUUUAAAAGAAGAUAGAAUUUCACUGUUGAGACACAGUAUACAUUUUUUUAGAAGACAUUUAGCCAGAAUAUCUCUACAUACACACAAUGAAAAGUGAAUAUAAUUAUCCAUGAAAGGAGAAGAAUGAAAUGAAAUUGGCUAAAGGUGUUUGAGAGUUAAACCAACUAUCAUGAAUCAUUUUCAUCACUCAGUCUUUAGUUGUUAAGUUACGUUAAGCUGGAAAACAAAACUUCAGUGUUUCGAUGUGUUUUGAUGUUCGGUGUAAAUGUUCGUGCUUUCUCGUUCACUGUGAUAAAUUCAGGUUCACCCUCAGAUUAACCCUUGUUUCAGUUUUAACGAUGUUUGAAUCGUCUCUGCACCAUUUUACAUUUGAUGAUCUUAUUCUGUGACGUGUGUAAAUGUGAACGGGACAAGUUUAAAUCCCAGUUUCUAACAGCUGCUGAUGUGUUUGACCGGUGAUUAUAAAACAGUGUGAGAGAAGGAGUCACUGUUUCUUUAUUUAAGUUGCAUGUGCUUCACUAAUGAGAUGUAAAGAAAAAACAUGAAAAUGUGAAACGGAAACAGAUAAAAACUGAAUCAGCACAUAUGUCCUAUUGCAAUAGCUCAUCUCUUUAAGUUUAAUUUUGUAAUAUAAA